AUGGUUCUUUCACAGCCCCCUAAUCAGCAUGUUAUGAAGGCAUUCGACCUCACGGGCAAGGUUGCCGUGAUCACAGGAGGAGCUCGUGGAAUUGGACUAGAAGUCUCGAAAGCGUUGGCCGAAGCUGGAGCCAAUGGGAUCAAGGUCGCUCUGAUCUAUCAUACUUCCAAGACCGCCGACACUAUCGCAGCUGAGAUUGCAAGCACCAACAAUGUACGUGCGGCGGCAUAUCAGGCCAAUGUCAGUAUUCAAUCCGAGAUUGAAGCAGCUGUGCAGCAGGUGACGAAGGAUUUCGGCAAACUUGAUAUCAUCGUUGUCAACUCCGGUAUUGUUUCGUCUAUUGCUGCUGAGGACUACACGGUCGAUCAGUGGAGCGAGAUUAUGAAGGUGAACUUGGACGGUGCUUUCUAUUCUGCUCAGGCAGCUGGGCGCAUUUUUAAGACCCAGGGUUAUGGCAAUGUUAUCUUCACAGCCUCGGUCAGUGCGACUUUGGUUAAUGUGCCCCAGAGGCAGGCUGCGUAUAACGCAUCAAAGGCAGGUGUUGUGCAGCUGGCCAAAUGCCUGUCCGUUGAAUGGGUUGACUACUGCCGAGUCAAUUGUAUCUCGCCUGGAUUCAUUGCUACCGACAUUCUUGAUAUCCACCCCGAGCAAUGGCGGGAGAAGUGGUUCAGCCUGAUCCCUGCUAAGAGGAUGGCGGAAUGUUACGAGUUGAAAGGGGCCUAUGUGUUCUGCGCCUCCGACGCGUCCAGUUAUAUGACUGGUGCCAACCUUAUCAUUGAUGGUGGAUAUACCUUGCCUUGA